AUGCCAUUUUUAUUUUUACUGAUCAAUAGUUAUUCGAUAUCUUUACAUAGCAGAGAACAAUUUCCCCUAUCGAAUAAUAGCCGUAUCGUCGAUUACAACCACCAUUUAGUGGCUGAGCAAGAAACAAGAAUGAGCGGAUCAGGAGGAUCAAAUAGUAGCGGACCACCUAUUGGUAAUCCAACAACUAACGGGGGUAAUAAUAAUGUUAGCGUUCUAUUACCUAGUGGCGGAGGCGGUGGAAACAGUACUCAUAAUAGUAAUGGCUCUAGUUCAUACUCGUCAGCGUCUAUUGUAUCCGGGAAUUUGGCAUCAUUAUUUGAUUGCCCCGUUUGUUUUGAUCAUAUGUUACCACCCAUACUACAAUGCCAAAGCGGUCAUUUAGUUUGUAGUGCAUGUCGACCGAAGCUGAACAAUUGCUGUCCGACCUGUCGAGGUCCCAUUGGUUGUAUUCGUAACUUGGCAAUGGAAAAAGUUGCUUCUACAGUGAUGUUCCCUUGUAAAUAUUCGUCUUCCGGUUGUCCCGUGUCUCUACUACAUUCCGAAAAAAUUGAACACGAAGAACUUUGUGAACGUGGUCCAUACGCUUGCCCGUGUCCGGGUGAAAAAUGCAAGUGGCAAGGUGGUUUGGAGCAAGUGAUGGGACAUCUGAUGGUCGCGCAUAAAACUAUAACAACUUUACAAGGAGAGGAUACUGUUUUCUUAGCAACAGACAUAAAUCUUCCUGGAGUCGUUGACUGGGUAAUGAUGCAAUCGUGUUUUGGUCAUCAUUUCAUGUUGGUGCUUGAAAAACAAGAGAAAUACGAUGGUCAUCAACAGUUUUUUGCUGUACUCCGGUUAAUUGGAAGUCGAAAACAAUGUGAAAAAUUUGCUUAUCGUCUGGAACUUAAUGGUCAUCAAAGGCGUUUGGCAUGGGAAGCAACCCCAAGAAGUGUACACCAAGGAGUUUCACAGGCAAUUUUAAAUUCAGAUUGCUUAGUGUUUGAUACUAGUACAGCACAGCUGUUUGCGGAUAAUGGUAACUUAGGAAUUUACGUCACAAUAUCGACCUAUGUGUGA